AUGGCUGAACCAGACGAAGAAAUACUCGCGGACCCGACAACUAUUACUUGGAGGAGCAUUGAAUGGAUUCAAGCUCAACCAGAGGGACAACUCAAUUCAAGCAAUGUUCUCAACUACUUUGCAGAAUCGACCUUCUGGGACCGAAGCUGCAAUAACGCUUCCUUACAAAUGCAAACGCCUUUCAAUAAAGCGUACGAGCAUGUGGAGUUUCAUCCAGCAACCGGUUAUACGUGGAAAUUCGGUGAAUCACAGACAGAAUCAUCAAAAUCUCGGGCUAUCCAGCAGCCACCUGCGGAAUUGGUAACUUUCCGCGCCGGAAUAGAGCAUGCAACUCAAUUUGCAACGACUAAGUGGCGCAAUCAAUAUAACCAAGCAGCUUUGUUAUCUAAAGAGGACGAUGGUACCUCAAAAAACGGGGAUCAAAGUGAUCCUUCAGCAGCUAUCGGGAAGAAUGCUUUAGAUCAACCUUCGAUACCACCAUCUAAUCCCGGUCAACCAAGUACAAGUGACAUAAUUAAAAGACGUAAAAAGUCUGAAGAUGUUAAUAAAAAGAAAAAGAAGAGUGAGUGA